AAAUUCUCUUCUCUUUUCUUUUCCUCAAUCUAUUUAACGUUAGUUUUCAACGUUACUGACCAGCAGAAAGUUUAGAAACUUUUGCGUUAAAACUUUUUAAAACUCUCACUUACCUGUUGCUUGACCAUUUCGUCCACUCCAAUUGUCCAGUGUAAUUAACUGUGUCUAACUUUUUGUAGUCUAUUAACUGUGAGUUAAAAACAAUUUGGAAAUAAAUAACAAUGGAAGUGGGUGAAGAGUUAACUUGUUGGCUAAAUGAUUGUUCAUCCUCAUCAUCAGCAACAAUUACAUCAACUUUUUCAACAUUCUCAUCAUUUUCAACUUCAUUCAAUUCAUCAUCACCACCGACAACAACAACUGGACACUCAUCAUCAUCCUCACUAUCACCAACCUCAUCACUUUCACCAUCAUCAACAACAACGACAACAACAAUUAAAGGUGAGAAUGAAAAACUUUCAUGUUACAUGAUGAAAAAGUGUCAACAUAAACAAGUUCCAGUAACGACUAUGAAGAAACGUCGACAAGCGGCCAAUGCUCGUGAACGGAAACGGAUGAAGUCUCUGAAUGUGGCCUUCGAUAUGUUGAGGUCAGUUGUUCCUUCGUUGGACAAUUCAGGUUGUAGAAAGUUAUCUAAAUAUGAGACACUUCAAAUGGCCCAAGAAUAUAUUGAUGCUUUAGUUAAGAUGUUGAAAGAAAAUUAUGAUUGUUGACUGACCACUGGCCGAACAUAUCAUCGAGUGUCCAUCAAUUUAUACCAUCAAAGUGACCAUCGGUUGAAGGGCAAAAACAAAAGGAUAAUCAAUUUUAAUCCUUUAAACACCAAAAAAAGUACCGAAUCAAAUUUAAAUUGUUACCAUUCAUUAUCUUCAUGAUUAACUCUGAGAUGACCAUCAACUGUUUACUUGACCAUCUCUUUGGUUAUCAGCAACUUUUUCAAUUACUUAAAUCUUGUAUUAUUAUCAAUCUUGUAAAUAUCAUUACAAUUAUAAUUAUUUAAAUCCAAUUAAAUUAAAUUUGCAAUUUUAA